CAUUAAAUUCCAAUUCGUACCCCAGUGAGUGAGUGAUUGUGUAUGUAUAUAUAUAUAUCCUCCUCCAUCUCUCACAUUUUUGUGAAACAACAACCAACUCAGAUCAGGAUCAUGUGCUAGAGACAGAGAGAGUUAGAGAGAGAGAGAGAGAGAUGGGACAUCACUCAUGUUGCAACAAACAGAAAGUAAAGAGAGGACUUUGGUCUCCAGAAGAAGAUGAGAAACUCAUCAACUACAUUUCCACCUAUGGCCAUGGUUGCUGGAGCUCUGUCCCUAAACUUGCUGGGCUUCAAAGAUGUGGAAAGAGUUGCAGGCUACGAUGGAUUAACUAUCUAAGGCCGGACCUUAAACGCGGAAGCUUCUCUCCCCAAGAAGCAGCUCUCAUCAUUGAACUCCACGGCAUUCUAGGCAAUAGGUGGGCUCAGAUAGCCAAACAUUUACCAGGAAGAACAGACAAUGAAGUGAAGAACUUUUGGAAUUCCAGUAUCAAGAAGAAGAUAAUCUCUCAUCAUCAUCAUAUUAAUAAUUUUCCUGGCUUAGCCAACUUUUCUGAUCACCAUGAGGAAGCUGCUGCUGCUGCUUUCAUUUCUCUAAAUGCAAACCCUAAUAUCAUUCCUCAUCCAGACCAUCUCUCUCCCUCCUUCCCUUCUCCAACAACAAUGCUACUAAGUCCGACUUUUGGUCAUGCAGAUAACAAUGGUGUUGAUCAAUUGGGUCAUAACAGUAAUUUUUCAACUCCAUUGUUAAUCCCACAAAAUCCCAAUUCUAAUAAUUGGUCUUCCUUUCCAUAUUUACUUCCUCAACAUCUUGACCCUAAUCAUCAUCAAGAAGAUCAAAUGUUGACUCCUCAACAUUGCUAUUGUGGUCCUAAUUGUUUUGGAGAUCAAGGUGUGACGUCACUAAUGCCUUGUGAGGAUCCAUUGAUGGCGGUGCCUAUGAUGAGUAUGCCUAAGCUUUGUGAAAUAGCACUUGAUCAUCAACCAAAUCAUCAUGUUUCAUGUUCAUCUGCUGCUGCUUCAGAAGGAGUAGUACUGGUUGAUCCCCCUCCUCCACAUGAUCAUAAUCAGAUCAUGCCGAUCAACGAUGAUCAAAUGGAUUACAUGGAUGCAAUCAUGGCUUCAUCGUCGUCAUCGUCCUCCGGUGGGGUUGGCGGAGGCCAAUUUAGUGCAAACCCUAAUAAUAAUUUUGCUUCAUCAAGUAGCUGUUGUUGGGGUCCUUGUUAAUUAGACAGACGAAUAUUUGCCUAUUCUGUAUCCAAUUAUUCAAUUUAUGAUGCAGUGUAUUAUUAUUAUUUUUCCUUGAAAUAUGCAUAAGAUGGUGAGUGGAGAAAACCUAAAUGUUACUAGUUCAGGCUCUUCGGUGAGUAAU